AUGGAACCGCGGUUCUCCUUCUUCGAGGCCAACAGUACAAAUGGCUCUGGAAAGCCUUCUGUGACUCUUACCCAGCUUCGACGUCUGUUAGACGACGCCAUCAAAGAUUAUGAAAGGAACCAUCCAAGGUCGCUAAGCAUACACAAGGAUGCACUUAGAUUCCUACCUGGAGGAAAUACUCGCUCAGUGCUACACACUGAUCCAUUUCCCAUUUGCAUGGACCGAGGGGAAGGGAAUAGAUUGGUGGAUGUGGAUGGGCGAGAAUAUCUGGAUCUCAUUGGCGAGAUGACUGCAGGUCUUUGUGGCCACUCCCAUCCAAUCAUUCAGGAAACCAUCAUUUCAACCGUUACGAAAAAGGGGUUGAAUCUGGGUGCGACGACCGCAAUUGAAUCUCAAUUUGCACAAGAAAUAUGUGAUCGGUUUCCAUCGAUAGAGCAUCUGCGCUUUUGCAAUUCGGGCACCGAGGCGAAUCUCUAUGCCAUCAGCGUUGCUCGGCAGGCAACUGGCUUAUCCAAGGUCAUCGUCUUUUCUGGGGGAUACCACGGUGGUGUUCUGACGUUUUUUCAUGGGGUUUCUGCAAACACCAUUGACAAGGAAGAUUGGAUUAUCGGAAAAUACAACGAUGUUGAAGGGACUCGCAAAUUAAUAUGCGAUAACAAAGGGAAAGUUGCGGCUGUGCUUGUUGAAGGCAUGCAGGGGGCUGGGGGCUGCAUACCAGGCUGCCCUGAGUUCUUGCACACAGUUCAAACGACAGCAAAUGAAAACGGGAUGGUUUUCAUUUUGGACGAGGUCAUGACAUCGCGGCUUGAUCACGGAGGUCUUCAAUCGAGAGUCUUGAGUCCCGAGGAUCAUACAUCGUUGAAGCCUGAUAUCACAACGCUUGGCAAGUACAUUGCUGGAGGAAUGACCAUUGGGGCAUUUGGAGGGCGAAAGGACUUACUUGCAGUAUAUGAUCCACGGCCAGUCUCUAUGCCUGGUAAAACUCAGAGAUUAGUUUCACCUAUCAGUCAUUCUGGCACGUUUAACAACAAUACGCUAGCGAUGAGUGUUGGUCUUACUACGCUAUCCACUAUCUAUACACUCCAGGUCUGUACUAAGCUCAACGCGAUGGGUGAUAAGUUUCGACAAAGUCUGCUUGAGAUAUGUCGAGAUACUAGAAUGGCCGUGACGGGGGUUGGCGCCGUGUGCAAUAUUCACUUUGUUUCGCAGAGACUAUCAGAAGACAUACGGUGUGUGGAGGACUUGGAAGAGAUGCAGACAGAGUUUGAUGCGAUUCUGAAGGAUCUAUUCUGGUUUCAUGCAAUCCGCAGAGGGUUUUGGAUUGCUAGACGUGGCAUGCUGGCUUUGAUCCUGGGAACGACCGAGUCAGAACUUGAAGAGUUCCUUGAAUUUGCCAAGGAGUUCUUGCAGGAGUUUCAAUCCUUGAUGAGACUUUAG